AUGCCUUUUGGCCUGAAGAACGCAGCCCAGUCGUUCCAGCGGCUAAUGGACUCGGCACUCAGGGACAUGCCUUUCAUCUUUGUCUACUUGGACGAUGGCCUCGUCGCCAGCUCCUCGGAGGAGGAGACACAUCUCCGAGUUCUUUUUACACGGCUCAACCAGCACGGGCUGAUCAUUAACCCGGCUAAGUGUGUUUUUGGGGUGCCGUCCAUAAAGUUCCUCGGGCAUCUCAUCACCAGUGAAGGGGCUGCCCCCCUCCCUUCGAAGGUGGAAGCCGUUUCCACUUUUCACGCCCACGCUCGGCCAGGGGGCUCCGUGAGUUCCUCGGUAUGGUUACCUUCUACCAUCGGUUCAUUCGACAAGCGGCUCACGUAA